AUGUCAGCAGAGCAGAACAAGAGGGAGCUGAUGAUGCUAAACUCAGAGACUCAACAUCCACCAGUAAUGGUGAGCUCACGGUGGAACCCAACACCGGAUCAUUUAAAGGCUCUCGAAGAGAUUUACCAACAAGGAACUAGAACUCCUUCGGCCGACCAUAUGAAACAGAUUACCGCGCAGCUGAGACGACAAGCAAUUGGAAUAGAUGUGUGGGAUAAUCAGAAGACGUAUCCUGUUGGAUUGAUUGCUAAACUGGCUGAGAGCAAAUUGGUGUGGUCUGGUUUAAACACAAAUCCACUGCCAGAAGAAAGUUUUGAACCUGAUCCAGAGAAUUACAAAGCGUUGUGGGAGUUGUUGAAAGUGCCGCUUGGGUACGGACCCAAGUUUGAUGAACUUAUAGAAGCUUUAACGGAGUGUCCAUUCUGGAGUGCUGAUCAGCGGAAAUGGUAUGGGCUGUUGUUUCUUCAAGCCAUUGGACUUUAUGGCUUGCAUCAUAAUUGUAGAAUACCCUUUGAAAGUGCAAAAAGAGUAUUCGAUGAUGACGCCCUGAUGACUUAUCCUUGGGGUCGGACUGCCUAUGAAUUUCUUGUUGAUUCUAUCAAGUUGUUGCAUCCACAAGGAGGGUCGUACACCCUUAGCGGCUUCAAGGACGUGUUAUUGGUUUGGGCAUAUGAAUCUGUCACAGUGUUCGGAGAGAUUUAUGGCAGAAAAGUGAAUCCAGACGAAAUUCCGCUUUUGCGAUGGGGUGGAAGUCGUACUCGUGCAAGUCUUGCUACUACAAUAGCUAGGGAGAUGAAUGAUCAUGGAACGGUGUGUGUGAGGAAAAUGGUGAUGAAGGAGGGUCUAGAAGAGCUGUUUCCUCAGUGGAAGGAUGAAGCAGAUGACCCACAACUUGAUAACCUAAUUAAAGAUAUACAUGCAGAUAGGUUUGUUAGAGAUUUUUAUGUGCAAUCGAAUGAGAAGAACAAAAAAACGAAGGCUGGAGUUUCGUCAGAGGCUGAGCCACCCUCAAAGAAGCAGAAGAAAGGUAAGAAACAGAAGGAGGUGAAAAUCAAUGAGGGUGAAACUGCUGUUCUAGAGGAGAAGGAGAGUGCAAAGGAGAAGGGUCGUAGCGAAGCGGUUCUGCUGAACAUAGUUGCUCAUCUCGAGAAGUUGGACCGAAAAUUUGACUCGAGAUUAACAGAAUACGACACCAAGUUUGGAUCUUUUUUCCGAGGCCUUUUGGAUACCAUUGGAGAUACAGUGAAAACUACAGUUGAAGAGCGUCUGAGAGUUUUGGGGGUGUCCAAUAGUAGUCAACCUGAAGGUCAAAACGUGAUGGUCUCAGAAGACAACAACAGCCGGAGUCCAAUAGUGGUCAACCUGAUGGUCAAAACGUGA